AUGUCGGCUCUCGCGGGAGCUGCGUUUGUGCAUGGGCCGUGUACAUCUCCUCUCGCUUCGGGGAGGUCCGCAGUUAGUCCUGAGAAUGAGACACGCAGCGCGAUUUCCGCCGCACUACCCACGUCUCCGACAAAAUAUCCGAGAAACAGGCUUUUUCGUUCGAGAUGUUUUUCUCCACCGAAGGCUACUUCGAAGAUCAGUGAAAUGUUCCGUCCUGAUCCUCGAGGAAUCAAGGUGGUUACCAACACAUCCAUUAUUCUUAGCAUCCGCAUUCGUGUCAACGUGGAUCCACGCAUAACAAUUUCGAUUUUCUGGGGGGAUGUUCGAGGUGACGUUAAGAGAGAGGAUAGGAACGUUGAAGAUGCGAUCCAUGGGAUACUUCACAGCACGUAUGAUUUCAAGAAGAAAAACAAAACUGAGAGACGGCUUUAA